UGCCUCUCCUUCCGGCCUGACUUCCUGGUUGAAAUGAAGUAGACAGGAGUUUUAAAGUUGUUUUUCGAUGGGAUUCCUCCCAGAUAUAACGUUGUUUAUAUGAAAAGUUAACAAAUUGGCCACACACAUCAACAAUUGCAUGAGAGAAAACUUCAAAAGGUAGCAGAACCAUGGGUCAGUGCCUGAGUGACCCUGAGCGCCCGCCAACCCGCCAACCACCACCAGUCAAUGAAGUUGACAAUCAGGCAGUGUCCCUCCAUGUCAAUGAUGUCAAUGUGGUGAUAAACAGUACGAGUCCAGUUCGUCCCCUGCCACCCCCACCUCCCACUAGAGGUUAUUUCCAACACUCAAGAGAGUCCAACACUGUUCGAGCUCUGUAUGACUUUGAUGCCAUCAAUGAUGAUGACCUGUCAUUUAAGAAAGGGGAUCGACUGGAGGUGGAAGAGUCCAGUCAAAACUGUGACUGGUGGAUGGCACGUCACAUGACAACAGGUCAGACAGGAUACAUCCCUAGUAAUUACGUGUGUAAGGAUGACAACACCCCACAGGCACAAGAUUGGUGGUAUAAUGUAGACAGGAAGGAGGGAGAGAAGCAACUCAUGUUACCGGGCAAUGCCACGGGAACCUUCCUCGUCAGAGAGUCAGCAGAUAAGGCAUCCUAUGUGCUGUCGAUCCGUGACCACGACAUCAAGACAGCUGAUGCUUGUGUGAAACACUAUAGAAUUCGUAAGAUGGACAAUGGCGGGUUCUACAUCAGCCCACGUCGAACUUUCAAAAGCAUGCUACAACUCAUCGAUCAUUACCAGUCUGUUGGUGAUGGACUGUGUUGUCAGCUAGGAGAAGCUUGUCCAAAGAUCCGCCCCAUGGUGCAGUUCCGAGAGCUUGAGGUCUCUAGAGAAUCAGUAAAACUCAUCAAGAAGCUUGGAAGUGGUUGCUUUGGUGAUGUCCAUGCAGGAAGAUGGAGAAAUACUGUGGACGUGGCUGUUAAAACACUUAAGCCAGGUGCCAUGACACCCCAGGACUUCCUGCAGGAGGCUAAGCUUAUGCACAAGUUGCGACAUCGUAAACUGGUUCAGCUGCUGGCUGUGUGCUCCACCACAGAGCCUCUGUGGAUAAUCACAGAACUUAUGGUCAAUGGGGCUCUGCUGGACUACCUCAGGAAGGAUGAAGGAAAACAUAUAGGAUUCCCAGUCCUAGUGGAUAUAGCCGCACAGAUUGCUGAUGGUAUGGCGUACCUGGAGAGGGAAAACUUCGUUCACAGAGACCUAAGGGCUGCCAAUAUUCUUGUUGGGGAGAGUAAUGAAGUGAAAGUGGCAGAUUUCGGACUGGCCAGGCUCAUACAGGAAGAUAUAUAUGAAGCUCAAGAACAUACAAAAUUCCCAAUAAAGUGGACUGCUCCUGAAGCUGCCUUUGACAGGAAGUUCAGCAUAAAGUCUGACGUGUGGUCGUUUGGAGUCCUCCUUUAUGAAAUCCUCACAUUUGGCAGAGUGCCUUAUCCAGGAAUGAAUGGUCAUGAAGUGCUAAGUAAAGUAGAGAAGGGCUACCGGAUGCCCAAGAUGACAGGAGGACCGGUGUCCUGUCCAGAUCCUUACUAUGAAAUCAUGCUCAGCUGUUGGAAGCGAACCCCGGAAACCAGGCCGACUUUUGUGUAUCUACAGGACUUCUUUGAUAACUUCUUUGUAUCAGCAGAAACCCCAUACAAAGAGUCCGGGGAUAUGUAGAUUACUGUAGAUCGAGGGGUGGCUCUGAACAGGAGGCAUUUGUUACACCAACUGAGAAAGUGACAUUUAGGGAAUUAAUCUAAGUCACUGAAAUGUGUUUUAUAUUUAUCUGAUGAAGUACCCUACCUAACAGGGAACUGUGAUAGCUUUUCAGGUUGUAGAUUAUAUGAUAUAUGUACAUGUUGAAGCAUAAAAUGUUUAAGAAAGGCUAAUUCUGACAUCAUUUCUAGGGUGAAAAAGUAUAUAGUUCUAUGUAGAAAUAUCGUUAAGGAUAUACUGAACAGAAACUGAUAUGCUGAACAGAAACAGUGAUAUACUGAACAGAAACAGUUUGGUGGAAUGAGUCUAAUCAAAAUCAGCAUGUGCAUAUUAAAUUCAUCUGUAUAUAGACUAAUGGUAUGCUAUUUUGCUCCCAGUGAACUGGAGAUAAUAACAUGGUAUGAAAUAUAACUGGUAUUUCUUAUACACUCAGUCUAGUAACAGGUAACAUACAUGUCCAAUUUUUUUUUAACCUGGAAGUGUUACCUCUGUAAGCUAAUUUUUUUCUGGAAAAAUAAUCCAGAUUUGUAAGCUUCAAUUAAAACAUUUUAGUAUGCAAAGUACGGUUGCUAAUAAUUAGUUUAGAGGAUUUUUACCCAACUGGGCCUCAAUAGAAAAAUAUGUCUUUUAAGUCAAUGGUUACUGGUAUAGACAUAUAGGUCAAUGCCAUGCAAUAUUUAAAUAGAACAAAUAUGUUGUACUGUUGUUAACGUGUGGACGUGUAAUUUUGUAUACUUCUUUUGAGAAUUUUUUUUAUAAAAAUAUAUGCAUAAGUUUUAUACAGCUUUAUGUAUUGUAUAGAUCAUGUUUGUUGUCAUUUAAACAGCUUAAGAAUUGCACACAUAUAAGUGAGUCAUUGCCAGUCAUACUAUAAUAUUCAUAUCAUGUUUUGUUCCAUAGUCUAGUAUGAUACUGAGCAACUUACAAAGUCUGGUUGAAUGAUAGUAAAUAUUUUUACACAAGGGGUAUUAAACUAGUGCCAUUUUGAGUACACAGAUCUGUAUGCCUUGUAUCUCCAUAGAAACAAUGGAUGGUGUUGUGGUGUGUGCUUAAGGAACCUCCCAAGUCUGUGUAUUAUAACAAAUACACUCUACUCUAAUCUAGAUAGUGUUUAACAAGAUGGAAACAUUACACUGUAUAAUUACAGCAUCAUCAAAAUAGCCAUUUGUAAUGAUCAUGGUAUAUUUAUUAUCUUUUACACGCAAGUUCCUCAAUUUACUUGGAAAGUUAAAUUAGAGUAUAGAUUAUGUCAAAUUUAUGUCUAAAAUACUUGUUGAAUUCUAUGCAAUUCUUUUGGUAUGCCAUCAUACAUGUCAAUAUUAGAAUUUUUUUGUUCCUUUUUAAUAGAAUGAAAAUUGAAGACUGACAGAAUGCAUUGAUACCAAAUACUUACUGUGAACCCCCAUAUGUAGUGUUUUCAUGGUGAAAUUUUCCAGCAGUUUAGAUUGUUAGUUUUAAAUAUCUAACUACAGCUUAUCUUUGAAAAGUAACACAUCUAGGGUUUGUUAUACAACGAAUUCAUAUCAUUUCUUCGUGUAAAGAGAAACUUUAAUCUAUACUGAAAUUUUAUCAGCUAUCCAAGAUUACACCUUAAUUUGUUAGAUAUAUUAAUUGUUCAAUUCAUGAUGUAUAUUAUUUGCUUUUGCCAUGUUGUUGAUAUCAGUAGAAAGUAGAUUUGAAUAAGUGCUUCCAAUUGUGUGAUUGUAAUCUCAUGUUCCAUCGUAAGUCAAAGUAUUUUGAUCAGUUUUUACACAGCCAAUUGCGUUUCAACUAAAUUAUGUAUUUACAUUCCAGUGUAGAUAUUUCCCAGUUGCUUGGUCAUAAGGACUUGAAGUUUAAAAAAAGAUCUUUGAGUUUGAAAUUUAAUCAAGAAGAGUGCGCUUUCAUAAAGCAUGGGAAUAUUGACAAUUAAUUUUACAAAGACCAAUUGUUAAUCUUUAGACAAUUUACAAAGAACAAUUGUUAAUCUUUAGACAAAUGCAAAUUCCUACUACUUGAGGAAUGAUCAUGCUUAAAUGGCAUGUAUGAUCACUAUGCUUAUCGAACAUAUUUCGGAGUAACAUGGUAAUGUGCAAUAGUUGAAAUCAUCAUGAUACUGUACAUGCAAAUACUGGACCAGACAUAAAGUAUUUCAAGCAGUAAAUGUAUGCUGUAUUGCUUAAAUCACUACACUCACUUUAUACACCUGUACAUAUGUAAUGUUUUCAUUUCAGUGUGAUUGUCAUCAACUUUUUCAUUUUUCUCAUUGGAAGGUUGAUAUUUAUUUGCUGAUGAUGUUAAAUUAAAAGAUAAUCAGUCUAAAAUUGUUUGAUAUUAAAAUAUUUCUUAUUUUUGGAGAAUGUGUUGAGUAAAUAGGACUGAUCUUUUUCACAAUAGAUACAUCUUGUUGAGCUUUCAGAUAUAUAAUUAUGCUGUUUCUUGAAUUAAGUUCGAGAAAGCCUGUUGUACAACAUUGUGAUAGUUUGUACAUUUCACUGUUAUAAGGGCGAAAUUGUCUUUCACUUCUACAUUUGCCCCACGUGGUGUUUAUCAUAAUUAUACAUUCCUUUGUCGAUCUUCACUUUCACAUAUCAUUAACUGUUUUACGGACCAGUUUAUUUCUGCCUUUACAUAAUAUAAUGUUUAUUUUCCUACAUCUAACACUUGUUACUUUUGUAAAAUUACAACUUAUAAACAAUCUAUUUAUUAGUUGUAUAAUGCAUGCAUUUUUGCCUUUCAUGUUAUCUUAAAGCAAUGAACUAAUUGUGUGAAGUCUUUAUUUCAGUGGUAAGGGGAGAUAAGCUUUGUUAUCACUGUAUACAUGGUAUAUUGUCUAUAGUGGUAAGUCUGCGGUUGUAGCAGUGGACUUACAUCUGAAUAUUGAUGUAUACAUAGCUCGUUGUCUAUGAUAAAUCUACAGUCAAACAUUUGUCAUUAGAACACAGAAUAUUGCAUUAAAUGCAAACUGAGAAAAAUCACCCACUAAAUGAAAUUUGGCACGAAAAAUGGAUUAAAGGGAAUCAUGAAAAGCCCACAUAAUACAUCAAGACACUGUUUUUAAUGUUAAUGAUGUCAAAAGCUUUCUUAUAAUAAUGUAACAUUCCUUUCACUCCAGCAGGUUGUCCAGAUUUUUACUACAUGUUUUAUAGAUAGGGGGUUAUACAAGGUACUUUCAAAAAUUAUCUAUGGAAUUAAUAGAAGCCAUUAACUACAUUAUGUAGUUUGGUUUUAAAACUUGGUUUUAAUUCUAGACUGAUUCUGCUAAUUAAUGCCGAGUUAAUACCCAGAAAACAUUGCUACAAUAGCCAAAUAUAGUCAUAAUAAACAUAGAUAUCCUCCAGUCCCACUCAUUCAUCUUUGACUUUAGUGUGACCAGCCUUAAAGGUCAACACUUCACUGUUCUCCCCUAUAUUUCGGUUGGCAAAUCUGUUUGUGAACAGAACAUCAACCUUCUCACAAGUCCUUUGUUCAUCAAAAGGUCCUAGGUACUUAACAUUCCAAUCAUCAAAGACUAUUGGUUCUAUUCCUGAUCAAACUGAUCAUAAAACAAUUGGUAGUGUCCAAAUUAUUUUAAUCCUGUCAUACGUAUUAAGCGCUGGACAAAUGAAGGACAUUGCUAAUUAGUCAGUUUUAUAGAUUAAAAUGUUCAGUACCAUGUGGUGUUUUUGGAACUAUCAAACAUUUUUAUUCAAGUUAAGUGGGAUGUUGUUGUUGAUCAAUAGGUUGAAUCUAUUAACUUUAUUUUUGUAUACAUUAUAUUAUAAAAUCAUCAAAUUUUAUAUGGUGUUUGUGUAUUUGUAAAUUCUUUGAUAAUCUGACAUUUGUAAAUACAUGUAACAAAUAAAAAAAAAGGCAUAGGCAUU